CAAACAUGGCCGCAUCCAGUGGUGUGGUCAUGAAGUCCUUGCUACGAAGAUGCGGGAAUUGUUGGGCAGCUAUAUUGGCAACAUCAUCAAGAAAUAUCCAGCAGUUAUAUCCCGCUGGUCUCCCACUGACACGGAGGAUAUGCACAAGCUCGGCCCUUUUGCGGAAGAACCUGGCGGCGGCGGGCCAGGAGAAGUUUUCGGCGGAGUUCAUCAAGAAGCAGGUCGAGGAGUUCAACAUCGGGAAGAGGCACCUGGCCAACAUGAUGGGAGAGGACCCCGAGACCUUCUCGCAGGAAGACAUUGACAAAAGCAUCGCUUACCUCUUCCCCUCUGGCCUGUUCGACAAACGGGCCCGCCCACUCAUGAAGCAUCCUGACCAGGUCUUCCCAAAACAGAGAGCGGUCCAAUGGGGCGAGGACGGGAGGCCUUUCCACUUCCUGUUUUACACUGGGAAGCAGGCCUAUUAUUCGCUGAUGCACGAAGCCUUUGCAAAGGCUCUCGUUGUGGAGAAGUACCAGGACCGCUUGAGGAGUAAGGGCCUGUUCUCCCAGGACACCAAGCAAAUCAAUCUAGCAGGGAGCAGGUGGCUGCUGAAAGAGGAGCUGGAGGAACUGCUGGUGGAGGCAAUCUCUGAUCAUGAUUACUCCCACUUUGUGCAGCUGAUGGAGCGCUUGGUGGCGCUGCCGUACUGCUCCAUGGAGGAGGCCUUCAUCCUGAAGUACCGCCGCGAGCUGGAGGUGCAGUCCAGCAAGCAGGUGAUCCCGCCCCUGCAGCAGGACCAGGACGGGGUGACCUUCAGCACCGCGGAAGGAAGGAGGAAGUCGUCCACUGCCACGGCGACAGUGCGAGACGUCUGCUCGUGGAAGAUCCUGGUCAACGGCGUGGACUACCUGCAGUAUUUCCCCGUGGUCCAAGACAGGGAGCAGCUGAUGUUCCCGCUGCAGUUCCUGGGACGGCUGGGCAGGCACAGCGUGGAGUGCCAAGUGAGUGGCGGCGGGCGGUCGGCCCAGGCAGGGGCGGUGCGUCUGGCCAUCUCCCGCGCCCUGCUGAGCUACGUGUCGGAGAGCGAGAUGGAGGACAUGAGGCAGGCUGGCCUGUUGACCCCUGACCCCAGGGUUAAGGAGCGUAAGAAGCCAGGGCAGGCCGGAGCCCGAAAGAAGUUCACCUGGAAGAAACGUUAGAUUGUGGGUGUCCAUCCAAGAGCCCAUGCCUUGGAACUGCCAUCAUCCUUAGGCCUGGCCAUGCCUGUGGGAGGGGUCUGCAGACGGACACAACCACAGCCGGGGCAGAACUGCUACCGUGCAGAAGCCAGUGCCUGCCGCAGACACUGUGCUGAGCCAGAUAUUCACAUCUGCACACAGAGGCCUGCCCUCACGGCACACCUCCGAUUUCACUUACCACCUUUCGCUUCUGUGGCCGAAAUACGUUCGAGGGAAAAUUAAAUGAACUUCCACUGAUGUAUGUUAAUAUAUGUGUGUCAAAUAA